AUGGCGCCCUUCUCCACGUGGACGGUCCUUGUCGGCCUGCUCGGCCUCUCGGCCUCCCAUGUUGCCCAUGUUGCGGCGGUCAAUUUCCCCUGGGAGGCCAUCCAGCUGACCCAGAGCGACGUUGCCAACUUCUCCGCCAUUCGCUUCGGCAACAACAACGACGUCUCGGCGGCUCGGAUGUCCCGAGCAUCCUGCCGCGCGUUCCCCGGCACGGCGGCGUGGCCAGCCGACGCCGAGUGGGCGCGUCUCAAUGCCACAAUCGACGGCGCCCUGCUCCGGCCUCAACCGGCCGCGGCUGUCUGCUUCGCCGGUCCCGCGUACGACGCCACGGCCUGCCGGUACCUGUCACGCAUCGCACCGCACACACACUACUGGCUGGACACGCCGCUGGACGUGUUGACACAAUGGCCCGAGGGCAACACGUGCUUGGUCUCCUUGGGCACGGCCCCCGCAAACAAAACCAACUGCACACAGGGCGGCUACCCCGAGUACGUCGUCAAUGCCACGACGGUCAAGCACAUCCAGGCGGCCGUGAACUUUGCGCGCAACAAGAACCUGCGCAUCGUCAUCAAGAACACGGGCCACGAUUUCGGCGGCCGCUCGGUUGGCGCCGGCGCGCUCAGUGUCUGGGUGCACAACUUGAAGAGCAUCGAGUUUCUGCCACGCUACCGGAUCGGCGCCAGCGUUGGUGCCGGCGCUGGCUCAGGCGCCUCAUCCUCGUCGUCCAGGGAAUACGACGGCAUGGCCGUGCGGUACGGCGCGGGCGUCGAGUCGUGGGAGCUGUUCAACCACAUGGGCCAGCACAACAUAUCCAUUGCCGCGCCCGGCGGCAGCACCGUCGGCACGCUCGGCGGCUGGCUGGCCAUGGGCGGUCACGGUACCGUGACGUCGUUCCUGGGGCUGGGCUCGGACCAGGCGCUGUCCAUCGAGGUCGUCACGGCCGACGGACGCCUCGUGACGGCCGACCCGUUCCACAACACGGACCUGUUCUUUGCCCUGCGCGGCGGCGGGCCGAGCACGUAUGGCGUCAUGACAUCGGUCGUCGUCAAGGCCUUCCCGCCCAUCACGAUGACGUCGUCGAGUGUGGACAUUGUCUUCAAUGCGGACGGCCCGGCUGCGGCACGGCCGCCCCUUGUGUUUCCGGGCGGGUCGCCGCCAGCAAACGGCACGGGUCCCUUUGGCUUCCCCAAUGGCACUGCCACCGCCAACGGCUCAGCACCUUUCCCCUUUGCCUUCCCACAGCCCGGCACGGCUGCGACGGCGGACGUCUUCUGGGCCGCCGUCAGCAAGUACUACCGCUUCGGCCAAAAGGUGCUCGACGCCGGCGGCAUGUGCUUUGGCUACAUCUACCCCAGGGGCAACGGCAGCUUCUCCUUCACCAGCAGCCAGUUCUUUGCCAACGUCACGCCCGAGCGCGCCCACGGCAUGAUGCAGCCCCUGUUUGACGAUCUUGCCACACUCGGCAUCCGCCUCACCAACCCCCUGCCCCGCUUCGUGUCCGUCUACGGCGCCGGCCACCGCGAGGGGCGCGGUGACGGGCCCGUCCAAACCCGCUACCGCAGCCGCCUCUUCCCGCGCGCCAACUGGGCCGACGACGCCCUGUUCAACCGCACCAUGGCCGCCAUCCGCGGCUCCAUCGAGGCCGGCUACACCUUUCAUGCCAUCAUGCACGCCCCCACGUACAAGACCGCCGGCUGGCCCGGCCGCCACAGCGCCGUCAACCCGGCCUGGCGCGAGGCCCUGCUGCACGCCAGCCUCAUGGAGACGCAGCCCGUAGGGCUGACGGCCCACGAGGCGCAGGCACGCGACGCCCGCGCCCACGCACAGAUCGACACCUGGCGCGCCGUCACGCCCGGAUCCGGCGCCUACAUGAACGAGGGCGAUCCCACCGAGCCCGGCUGGCAGCAGAGCUUCUAUGGCAACCUGUAUCCACGGCUGCUGGCCAUCAAGCGGCGGCGCGAUCCGUGGGGCUUGUUCUGGGCGCCGACAACGCCCGGCAGCGAGGCCUGGGCAGUGCACACGGUCGACGGCUACCCGGGGUCGCAGAACGGGCCGCUGUGUCGCGUGGCAUCGCCAGUCUAUGGAGGUGGAGACGAUGGAGAGGAUGGCGACGAUGGGGACGACGACGACGAUGGGGACGACGAUCAGUAG